UCGGGGGAGGAGGUGUUUGCAUUUCUCCGCAGGACCAGCUCGCUUUGCAGAGCAUUGUCUGGGUAUGAGAAUCACACACAGGCACAGGGACAGGGGAGAGCGCACCGGAGCAUCUCUCUCGGGCAGAGCAUCUCAGCCAGCCUGAGCACCCUUUUAGUCCCCCGCCCCUCCCCGAGCACCAACAGCCCCCACCAACAAAAGAGAAAAAAAGAGAAAAAAACCAAAGUUUGCAAAUCUUCCGCCUCCCCCCUUGGCUUUUUUUUUUUUUUUUUUGGUUCGGUGUUUGGGUUUUUUUUUGUUGUUUUGUUUUUUUUAUUAUUAUUAUUUUUAUUUUAGCGAUGGCAAAUUCCUUCACGGCCAGGAGCUGGCCCAUCCCCUGAGCAAAGGCAGCUCGGACAUGACCGGCAGGCGAGGGAGGAGGAGGAGGAAUUUGGAUUCCCUUCGGAGGCGCCGACCCCUCCUCCGGCCGGGGGGGAGCGCGGAGCCGGCGGGGCUGGACCGGCCGCUGUCCCCCCGCGGCCCCCGCCCCGCCCCGCACCACGGGGAUGCGGCAUCUCCAGCGCCGGGACGGAUCCCUGCUGCAAUGAGAUCUGAGCCUUGAGGUGAAGACCUCGACCAAAACAACUGCAGAGAGCCUGUGCUUCAGCCCUAAUCACAGUGUUAACAAGCAAACCUUGACUGAAGUUAAUUAAGAGAGAAGAUGGCCCUCACCUGGAAGAUCUGCCUCUUCACUCUCGUAUUGCUUCCCACGGUCGCAGCAACCCACUCCAACUGCAUCAUUAAAAAGGAGCAAGAGACCUGUCUGGAGAAGAUCCGGAGGGCGGCUGCCCUGAACCCUUUCAAUGACUCCUCUCCGGGUUGCCCAGGAAUGUGGGACAACAUUACAUGCUGGAAACCUGCAAGUGUGGGGGAAAUUGUCUUUGUCAAGUGUCCUGCACUCUUCAGGUUUAUCAUCUCUGAAGAUGGUUGGGAGGUGGAUAAUUUGGGGCAAACCCACGCAGGUGAUUAUGACCUGCUGGAAAGCACAGCCCAGUCUCCCCUAGGGGACAUCAGCAGGAACUGCACUGAGGACGGCUGGUCGGAACCUUUCCCUCAUUAUUACGACGCCUGCGGCUUUGAUGAAAACGAGACAGAGUCCGAUAACCAGGAUUACUACUACCUGUCUGUGAAGGCUCUGUACACCGUGGGAUACAGCACUUCCCUGGUGUCCCUCACCACUGCCAUGGUCAUCCUGUGCCGCUUCAGGAAGCUUCACUGCACUCGGAAUUUCAUCCACAUGAACCUCUUUGUUUCGUUCAUCCUCCGUGCAAUAUCCGUGUUCAUCAAGGACGGGGUUCUUUAUGCUGAGCAGGAUGGCAACCACUGCUUCAUCUCGACUGUGGAGUGCAAAGCAGUGAUGGUGUUUUUCCACUACUGCGUCAUGUCCAACUACUUCUGGCUUUUCAUCGAGGGGUUGUACCUUUUCACUCUGCUGGUGGAAACCUUCUUCCCAGAGAGGAGAUAUUUCUACUGGUACACAAUUAUUGGCUGGGGUACCCCAACCAUCUGUGUCACUGUCUGGGCGGUGCUGAGGCUCCACUUUGAUGACACUGGCUGCUGGGACAUGAAUGACAACACUGCCCUGUGGUGGGUGAUCAAGGGUCCUGUGGUUGGAUCCAUCAUGAUAAACUUUGUGCUUUUUAUUGGCAUAAUUGUGAUACUUGUGCAGAAACUCCAGUCACCUGAUAUCGGGGGCAAUGAAUCCAGCAUUUACUUCACCCUCCCUCUUCCUCCCAGAUGCAGCUGCAGUCCAUGCCCGGGACACGUGCGCAGCUGCGUUCAGAAAUGCUACUGUAAGCCUAAGAGGGCUAACCAGCACUCUUGCAAGAUGUCAGAACUAUCAACCAUUACCCUGAGGCUGGCUCGCUCCACGCUGCUGCUCAUCCCCUUGUUUGGAAUUCACUACACAGUCUUCGCUUUUUCCCCGGAAAACGUCAGCAAGAGGGAGAGGCUGGUGUUUGAACUGGGACUGGGAUCCUUCCAGGGUUUUGUUGUUGCUGUUCUCUACUGUUUCUUGAAUGGGGAGUUUCUCCCUAAAGGUGCAAUCAGAAAUAAAGAGAAAAUGGAGGAGCUGGAAAGUCAACCGGUAUUUUGCUGUGGAUUUCAAACAUCGCCAUCCUUCUCUAGCGAGCAGCGGAGUGAACGGGGGGACACAACUGUCCAUUCUGAGCAAGAGCAGCUCUCAGAUUCGGAUGUCCAGCAUAAAUGCAGAGAACCUGGCGACAUGAGCAGCUGAGGGAGCAGAUCCAGCAUGAGCAAACCAAAAACACGUCCCUUGAAACAGAAAAAAAAAAAAAUGAAAUGAUGGUUUUGGUUGUGGUGGUGUAGGUCUUCUCCUUCUCCUUCUCCUUCUCCUUCUCCUUCUCCUUCUCCUUCUCCUUCUCCUUCUCCUUCUCCUUCUCCUUUCCUUUCCUUUCCUUUCCUUUCCUUUCCUUUCCUUUCCUUUCCUUUCCUUUCCUUUCCUUUCCUUUCCUUUCCUUUCCUUUCCUUUCCUUUCCUUUCCUUUCCUUUCCUUUCCUUUCCUUUCCUUUCCUUUCCUUUCCUUUCCUUUCCUUUCCUUUCCUUUCCUUUCCUUUCCUUUCCUUUCCUUUCCUUUCCUUUCCCUCUUUUCCAUUCUCCUCUCCCCUCCAGAGGUGACAAAGCAAAGGAAAUGUGUGUAUAUAUCUCUUUUUAACAGUCACUGUAAAUACCCAGCUGUACUCAAGGCCAUCAACGGGGAAUGUUUCACAGACAAACAAGAGGCCAAACCCACCCACUCAACUAUUGCCAUUUCAGAGCAUCUGCAAGUGAUCCGUGUCCGUCCAGAGUAACAAGUGGUUGCUGUGCAGUUGUGAUCCUCGGUUGCCAAACUGAUCCCAGUCCAUGAAUGGACGUGACUGUUGGCAUUUUUCCACUUGGUUUCCCUUUUGGGUUGGAUUUGCCUAAUUUCCCCCCCUUCCCCCUCCUGUGACAAACCUGUCUGAGCCUGUCCCUGUCUUCUGGCACGUGAAUUUCUGCAGCGUUUCUCUUUGGAGUCUGAGGAUGGAGCUGCUGUGCUUGGGUUAAUCAAACCAUUCGGGAAGAUCUCCAGAAAAUCCAGCUGGAUUCAGUCACACGUUCCCAGUGGACUUAAAGGAACAGCUGUGCCAAUGUGAACCUGCCUCUCACUGCAGGAAUUCCAGGCAAGAGCAGUGGGAUCAUCUGUGCUUUUCCACCCCCAGGGACACUUCUGAGAUUGUUUGUGUUCCAGCUAAGCUGUGAAUUUUCUAAAAGGGCCCUGCAGUUGAGAUAUACCUAUCUAUUUUUUUUUUUGGCAUUGAUUGACAGAUUGAUCGUUUGGAUUCUUUGAAUCACAGAAAUAACUGUCCCUUCCCUCCCACCUCAAGAGCAGAAGUCCUUUCCAGGGUGAUCUUUCCCUUGGACCCUCCACAUCUGUGGCCAAACGUGGCCUUGGUGUUUUGGGGUGGUGCUGUCACCCAGCCUGCGGUGCCUCUGCGACCUCUUGGACUUCUGUGUGUUGACUCUGCCCUGUCAGAGGCACAGGGAGGAUCUGGCACAACAUCCUGGAAGGUAAAAAUCAUCUGCAUUUGGUGACCAAUGAGCAACGAGACCGAACAAUGGGAUGGCGUGGAAGGAAAAUGGAAAGACCUCGGAGGACUUCCCACACCUGGCAGUUUUGUCUCUUUUUGGACAUUCUGUUUGUUUAAGCACCAAUGGUCUUACUGGGUUUUUUGGGGGAGGGAGGAACUAGAAUGUUCUUUCAGCCUUUGCCUUGUAGUUGAAGCCACAACUGGUAUUUACCUGCUUCAAUCCAGUGUCAAUGAUGUCAAUUCUUAAGAGUCUUUAUCCAGAGCAUAAAGGCUUCGAGAGCCAUCCUAAUGCUCAUUUCACUUUGGACUCAUGAACUGAUAUAUAUAUAUAUAUAUAAAAUAUAUAUAUAUGUGUGUGUGUGUGCAUAUAUUAAAGAUAAAAAUGGAAAUGACACUUUUAAAUGUGAAGUUUGGAACUGAAACUAAGAGUAACCAGGAAAUUCGAAAUUCAGGCUGGUUCUUUGGUGUCGAUUGACAUGAUCAUAAACUAAAAAAAAAAAAAAAACACCACAAAGAAAAAGGGAAAGACUUGGAAUUUUAGUGUCAGCUGAGUGUGAGCUUUUAAUUUCACUGGUUCUAUUAGUUUAAGUAAAAAAAAGAAAAGUUUUAAUGUCAUUUUAAGCAGAGGUUUUUAAAAAUAAUCCUAGUUUACUUAUUUUUAAAAGGAGAAGGAAAAGGCCUCAGAAAGUUGUGAAAGGAAUAUUAAUUGUAAUAAUCCUCAACACGUGUAGUGCUUUAUGGGACGUGAUCUGCUCUCGACUGUAGCAGUUUAAAUGAAUGUGAAAAUUUAAUUUGAAAUAGAAAUCUUGAUUGAGGGCACACUGGUACAGGAUUAGGCUCUUACGAGAUGGUUACACCCCUGCCAUGUGAAUUCUACCCUUGCACAGAGGACCAGUAAAGAGUUUAAAGCACUUCCAUUUUACUCCAAAUUCUUAAGCUGGAAUUUAUAUGAUCCAGACACCUUUUUUUUCCCAAGUCUACAGCACCGAUUUGCUGCUCUGAGAGCAGAAUUUGUCUCCCUCUUCCCAGCUCUCUGUAAAUGUUUUUAGCUGAUGGAUUGGCCCUUCCUCUCUCGAUAAAUGCUAUCUGAGAAGGUUUCCCCUGCACUUGGCAGCCUGGCCACUUUGGAAAUCUAAAGUUAAAUGAGCAGAUCCCAUCAGGUUUGUGUUUCCUGCAGUGUGGGCUUUCACGAGUAUUAUAUUGGCAGUACUGUAUUAUUAAAAAAAAAAAAAUUAUCAAAAGCUUUAUUUUGCACUACUAGUAGUCAGUUUUCAAGCAUUAAUUAAUUAGAACUUUUGAGAUAAAAGAUGUUGAAGUACUGCCUCUAGCUGGAGACUUCGUGCCAUGGUUCAGUCCAGAGCGAGAGGUGUUUGGAUCUUUUAUCUUUUAAUUUAUUUUCAUUGUUGUUGUUGUUGUUGUUGUUGAAGCAUUUCCUGAGUUUAUUUCGGGAUUUUGUGGUUUCCCUGGCUGUCCUACAGUGCUCUGCAAUUUGAGUUGGUGGAUCUCAGUCCAGUGCCUCGUGGGCAAAUGUCCACAUGACCAAAUCCACCCUCGAAUCCUGCACACAGGAGACCAGGCCCUGAGCUCAGCUAAAACCAGGACACAAAACUCUUGUUGUUGUUGUUGUGAGAACAAACCCACUUCACUUAGGAUUGGGAUUUGGCCUCAGCACGUUGUUAUCACUAUUUAUUUUUGGUGGUCUCAGCAAGAGAAUCCAAGGGUGGAAUAGUCAUGAAAACUUGGACUUGGCCCUUAAUUCCUGGAGCCAACGCUCAGGAGCAGGACAAGCUGGAGAGCAGUGGAGGGGAAAAUUUCUGCUGUUGCAGACCCUUUGCUUCUUGUUCCAAUUGAAAUCUUUGGUACCAUUCACCAGCACUGAAUUUCCUGGAGGGAAAGGUGCCUCUUGACAUAUCAAAUGUACAAUAUAUCCCACAAACAACCCCCCCUUCCAUGAUGAUUGGACUUACCUGAAGUGUUGAUGCACUUUGCAGAUGUGGCUUUCCUUGGUCACCUGAAAACUUCCUCAGUGUUGCUGGAAAGAUGCUACUUGAGGUGUAAAUAGUUACUGAAACCAGACUCUGGUGCCCUGGCACAAAUUAGCUCUCAAGAAACCUUCCUGUUGAAUGUAAACUGCAGAUGCUGCCAGGGCGUGGCCACCACUCCCAGUGGCUGUUGUGGUUCCCAUUUGUUCCAGGAGGGAAGAAACCCCCCUCAGGUGGUUUUACUUCCAGAUGUGUGUAAAUACCAACUGAGUGUAACAGUGCUUUGUUUGAUUUUUUCACUGUGAACUAUAUUUUGGAGCAAGAAAGGCUGUGUUCUUCAGAACAAAACACAAUUAAAAUCGACACAAGUGUGCAGUGCUCCUUGAGCCAUUUUUUUCCUACCACGUCCAUAAUGUGUUUCCUGUCUAAUUUCCUUAUUUUGCUUUUCUGAGUGUACAAAAACUUCCUGUGCUGCAGCUUUUGUGACUAUUCACUGUAUCUAACCACUGUUGGAUUAUUGACUUGUCAGUGUGGAGUGCUGGUACUACAGGACAAUUAACAUCCCAAAAUGAACUCUACAAAGGUGUGUUGUGAAGGGCGAGGCUUGUUUUGUUGCUGCGUGGUGACCUCACCUCCUUCACCUUCACCUCCAUUUAGGAUAUCUGGAACUCAGAGCCCAGGUAAAGAAACUUAAAUGUUUAGUUAUGGGAAUUUUUGUUUCAUGGGGGAAAACUGCUCGAGUUCCUCUAUAUCACUGAAGAUUUUAUAUUUGAAAGCCAGGUGUUAAAAUGGGGUGGUGGGAGGAGUAUUUUCCAUGUGGAUCUUCGUGAAGAAGGAACUUCAUCCUCUUGGUAGGACUUGGCAAGUCCCUUUUGGGGACCUUUCUUGAAGUGUGAGGACCGGAAUGGGACACAAUACAGUUUCUUAGACUCCUCCUGGAAACCUGACCUGGGAGAACCUGAUCCUUUUCCAGCAGGGACAGAAGGAUUAAUUGCCAUAAUUUGCCUUGACAGUGUCAUUUUGCAAAAUCGUGGCAUUUCCUAAUAUUUUCAUGUCCGUGGUGGGUGAAAUUCUGCUUCUGAACAGCACAAAAGCUUCAGUGCUUGCUUCUGGUGGUCUCAAAGAUUCAGGGGGUGUUUUCCUCAUCCCAUGGACAAACGAAACCAGCUAACUGAAAAUAAGCAAAGUCAAAACGAGCAAGAACAAAACUUAUUUGCUCAACGUGAAGGAAAGCUCUGUAAUUGCCAUUAUUCCAUAUUAUAAUAUUCCCACUCCUAAACUGAUCAUCCCUCCUGUUAAAAUUCAGUUGGUUUUUCUUUUUCUCACCUUCUCUUCCCACUGGAAAAUUAUUGCAAAACUUUUCUCUUUUGGCAGUUAGAAACCUUUUUUUUUUUUUCCCCCUAAAUUCCAACUUGAAAUAAUUCCUGGCUCUCUUAGGUUCCUUUUCAUACCCGUCUUGCCUCCAGUUUCUCUCUCUCUCUUCCUGAGGUAUAAACAGCUUUAUUUCAGAUGAAAUCUGCAGUUUGUCUUUGGUUAUACAGCUGAAAGAUAAGACUAAAAAAAAAAAAAUCAUGCUAUUAAACUGCAUUUGUUUCAGUUCUAAUCCAAAUUUGGGCAGCAAAAAUAAUGUAAGGAAUCAAAUACAGGUGUGAAUCCAUGUGGAAUAGUAGGAAAAUUACCUGGAAGCAGCAUCCUGGGAAAAAAAGAGAGGGGAAAAAAAAGAAAGGAAAAAUAAAAACUAAGAGAUAGAAUUCCAGUUCUUGAAAGUCUAUAAAUGGUAUUUGUUUUCUGAGUAAUUUUCAUUCAGCCAGAUCUAAAGGGAAAGUAAUUCCAAUAUUUUCCCUUUCUGUUCUCAGUUGUGAUCUUGCAAGAGAAGCUGAUCCCUAUCAGAAGGAUAGGACACAUAGUCAGUCAAAAUACUGCAAGAAAUCAUCAUUCGAGUGGGCUAAAAGACACUGAUGGUGUCAGUUUGGGAGGUUUCAGCUCUCAUGUAUCUGACAUGGCUGCUAAAUCCCUACUGAAUUUGGUCUGCAAACCAUAAAAAUACACAACUUUAUUUUUCCAGCCCAGCCCUGACAGAAAUCAGAUAUAAAAAUUUAAGUGUCAGAGAAAAAAAAAUAUAUAUAUCUAGAGUGACUUUAGCAAACAGUGGCAAUAAAAGAAAUGGAAACCUCAAUAAUUUAAUUUGGUUUAUUUACCUUGUUAUUUGAAAUUAUUUUUCAAUAGGGUUUCAGAAACAAUUGCCGAUGUCAGAGGUUUUUAACCUGGGGCCUGUGGAGACUUCAGAGCACAUUCCCAGAGGGUGUUCAUGGGAGAUGAUUAAAGCAAACAAGGUCAUUUUUCUGUGUAGCAAUAGAUGCUUGGGAGGCUCCUGAAGAGCUCCAAUCUCACAUCUCUUUAUGCAAAGGCUCCCACAGAUCCAAACCCUACAAAGCCCAAUAAAAUCAGAUUUCCCUCCUUGCUUUGAUAACGUCAUUUCAUGAUAUUAAGAUAUUCUCUUUUGUUCUGAGGUUUGUUCUCGUGUGGGCAGAGAUUCCAGAGAAAUGUGUGCUUAUUUUAUCAAUAUUAUGCUUAUAAUCACUGCAUAAUAUUGAUGAUAUUAUGAGAGCAGUGAAUGUUUCCUCAGCAGGACAAGGAAGGGAAGCAAGACAAGUAGGAAGGACAGAUAGAGCAGGAUUUAUGGACACCUCCAGCUGCCAGACAGGACUGGAGUCUGUUAGAGAUCCUGGGCCCCAUCUCUGAGCUCUGUGUGGAUAUCUAGGACACAGAUGAACUCCCUGAGUGGGAUUCACUUCCAACCAAACACUUGUUUUAAAGUAGUUUUCUUUCUUUAGAGUUAAAUAUCAAGGGCUAUAUUAGAUGUGUGUCCCUUUCAACCUCGGGUGUUCUCAGCAUUAGAGAGUCUGGCCCACAGUUAAAGUCCUGGGUAAGAUCUUGUGUCCCUGAGCAGUCAGACAAGGAGACACCCCCACCACUCCACUUUGGACACCGACAGCUGAGGUGUCUUCCCUUGAUCUGCUUUCUCCCCUUGGCCUCUGUAGCCACAAGAGAGAAAAGAGUAAUUUCAGAGCACAAAAGUCAAAACUCAUAUUUUUUUCUUGAUGUCCACUGGAAAGGGAGGUGAUUCACGCUUUGCAAGGGUUUCUUUCCUCCAGGAGGUCGAGAUGGUUGUGCUGGAGACAGAUGUUGACACUGUGGAAGCCUGGACAGAGAUGGAUUUUCCCUGGCAGCUUUGCCUGCUCACUCCUGUUCUGUUGUGUGCCUGCUGAGAAACAACGGCUUUGAAAAGCUUGGGAGUGGCUUCUGUUGGGUAUCAGCAGCCAGAUCUGAGGGAGGAGUUAACACCUGAUUAGAGUUUUCAGGAGGUCUUGUUCUCACUGUCAGGUUGUGUCUGUACGACCAGCACUUCUGUGUCCUGAAACAAACCAUAGUAUAUAGUGCACAUGCAGUGAAAAAGGGAAAAUUUAGGAUUUUACCCCCUGCUUUCAGCAGUCAGGAACAUGCAACCAGUUCAGAAUUGCAUUUAAAGGACGAAUGAGGAAGAUGUGGAGAGUGCAGCUGCAGUGAAGGAUGCUCUGAUGUUCAGCUCCGUGUAUAUCUGUGCUGAAGAGCUCAAUUCAGCUAAAUACACAUUGUACUUUGUGUAUGAAAACACACCAGCAGAGCUUGAACAAUGUCUUGAACCUCGUGGUCUUUUCACCUUCUUACGACUCAAACUGCAAUUUCCCAUUGGCUUUCUUGUGGGGAAUUCAUCCAUGUGAAGAAUUACUGUGUGAUAUGACACUGUGUGAUAUGACACUCUUCAGUGUCCCAAAUUCCUUAGGCUUCUGCAUAUGCCUUUCCCAAUGGACUUUGUGCUUGCAGAGAAGUCUCAAGAGGCCUUUGUGUAUCAGUAUAACCUGUACAAACAAAUAUCUGGUGUGUUCAUUCUCUCUCCCUUCUACUUGUCAGUUUAGUGGCAAUGCAAACACGCUCUAGCUCGGAGAAGUUACUGGAUGGAAAGCUGUAUUUUGGCUUUUGACUGUGUCAAGGUACAAAGUUACUGGCCUGUUGGGUCUAAUACUGACCUUAUUUUGGUCGAAACUGGUUUAACUGGUAACGGGAUUUAACUUGAGCUUUGUUAGGAGGUGGAAACACAGAUAUCGAUUGCUGCUUUCUAACCUUUUUUGUGUUUUGAGAAAUUGUUUUUAACAUGUAUACUGCUGUAGAUGACACAAUAAAUGUAUUAUCAUUUUGUAUAAGUCUGUUCUGAUAUAAAAUUGCACCAAAGAGAA